CGAAUAAUUUAAAGAGGGAGAAUUUUUUUCCGGAGGAAUUUGUCUACUACUAGUAGUGUAGUAUACUAUUUUCUGGAGCACAAUAAUAUAUUUAUUAAAAUAAAAUGUUGGCUAAAAAAUAGAGGAGGCGGUUGGGUUUUGUUUGUCGCGUGGCCUAAAACCCUUUUAUUCAGCAUAAUCGCUUUUGCAGGUUCAACUUUCACUGUGUGACUCAGUGACUCAGUGAGUUUGAAAAACCUUUACAGGUUCGUUUUCGGGUUUUGGGUUUAGACGCUGUUUUAUGACGAUGGGAGCUCUUGCUACAUUCCCCCCUUGGACUCCCGAAGAUGAUCUUUUGCUCAAGAACGCCGUUGAGGCUGGUGCUUCCUUGGAGUCACUUGCCAAAGGCGCGGUGCAGUUUUCUCGUAAAUAUAGUUUCGGGGAAAUACGUGACAGGUGGUAUUCUCUCCUCUAUGAUCCUGUUAUAUCCUUGGAAGCUUCUAUAUGUAUGGCGAAUUUCGAGCUUUCUGCUUCGCCUCUACCAUCAAAGUUCUUUAAAUUUGGACAAUCGAAAGAACAGAAAAUUGUUUCUGUUAAGAGAAAAGCUGACAGCGUUCGAACUUCUUAUUAUGCUAUGUGUAAAAGAACUCGCCAUGAUACGCUAGAUUUCAAGGACUUCAAUUUUCUAGUCGAUCCAGAGAAUGGGAAUUGUGUGGUAAAUGGAAAUGAGCCUUUGCCGGAAACCUGCGAACCCGAGUGUCCAACUUUGAACCACUUUUCAAAUGUUGAUCCGCCACACUAUGACCUUCCAGAAAAUACAAUAGAUGUUGACGUUGCAUUUAAUGGAGUUACGGCUAAUGGAUUUUAUACUGGAGUUGAUGAGAAUUUCCCCAUUGACCAAAUAAAUAUAACUGAGGAAGAAUCUCAAAUUCUUGAAGAUAAUGUGCCUUUGACUGGAGCUGCCGACGAAUUGGCCGAUCCAGUAGACUUGGAUUUAGAUAACUUGAUCACAGAUGAAGUUUUACAGGAAAUGUCUAUGUCUGCAUUUGGUCAAAUAAACAACGGCCCUGCAAAUUUGCGCUCCGAGUAUGGUGAAGAUUAUAAUAUGUUUGAUUCACCCGAGUUAGACUGUGGAAAUUCAUUUGACAACUUACAGUUAUCUUCACUUCCUGAUGUGUCGGUCUGGAGAGCAGAAGAACCUGAUAUUCGAUGUGGAAGUUUGAAAGAUUCCCUUGCUUGCGAGGAGGGUUAUCUGGAAGAACUGUCCAAUUCACUCUUAAACUUCACAGGUGAUGAAGAGCUAUUUCUGAUGGAUGCCGUCGGAAAAGAUGGGAUUGAUAAAUCUUAUUAUGAUGGUCUUAGUUCACUUUUACUAAAUUCUCCAAUUGCUGAUUGUCCAGAUCAGAUACAUGAAAAGGAUGAAACAGAGUUAUUAUUGACCUCACAUGCAGAUGUUAGAAAUCCAUCUGUUUCUUGUCGUGCCGAAGUAGAUAACAACGCAAGGAAGGCUGAAACAGAUUUGUUGGUGGCCUUUGAUGCACAUUUAAGAGAUCCGCCAGUUUCAUGUCGUGCAGAAGUAGAUGACAUUGCAGCGUCGCAAGCUAAUGGUGUGCAAGUAGUUAAAUUGGAAUUCCAAAUGCCAACUUCUGCCUCAGUUAAAGACCCUCGGUUUCCUGAACUAACUAAUGGAGUUAUUGUCUGUACAUUAAAUACCGAGGACCCAGUAGUUCCAUCCAAUGAUGAUGUUUUCCUACCCUUUAAUGAGCCUCCUCCAACAAUUUCCUAUUCACCUAAAUCAGCUUCUAGAAAAUCCAAUAAACCAGUUGCAUCAUCUGUUAAUGAUUAUGGAUAUAAGGCUAGUGGAAGAGGUAAAGUUUUGAUGCAGGUUGAACAUAACAACUCAAUAGGAUUAGGAGCUUGUGCAUCUUCUCAGGCAACGGGAUCCCGGGGCCUUGCAGAACCUGUUUAUGGUUCUAAGAUGAAACGCAAGUUGUCUAAUGGUCAUGAAUCACACACACCGUCUAGAAGUGCAGUUAUUUCUUCUGGCGGCUUAGGUGGAAACAAUAAUGCAACAAACACAAACCAUGGUCCUCUACAUGCAAAUCCCAAGGAAAAGCUUCUCCGUGUUUGCUCUGGAAAGCAACUAAGCAAUAAUAUGACAAAAUUUUCACAUGAUAAACCAGCACUUGGAAAUGGCUUCAGAAAUCAUGUCCAACCUAAUGGUUCUAGCUUGAUACAGGAACAACAUGCAGCUUUGCCACUUGAAGAUUAUCAAUUGCAACAUGCUGAAACGGGAUCCUCAGACGUUAUGCAGUCAGAGCUGGUGGUUAAUCCUCAAAAGUUAGACGAGGAUCAAAAGUUAGAUGAGGAGGAGCAAUAUAUCGAAAGCGAUGAUGAUGUUCCCUAUUAUUCUGAUGUAGAGGCGAUGGUACUUGAUAUGGACUUGGAUCCCGACGAUCACGAUUUAUAUGAUAAUGAAGAAGUAUCAAGAUAUCAGCACGAGGAAUCGAAGCGGGCUAUAAUAAGGCUGGAACAGGGUACUCAUUCACAUCUGCAGCGAGCUAUGGCUUCACAUGGAGCAUUGGCCAUGUUAUAUGGUCGCCACUCAAAGCAUUACAUCAAGAAAACUGAGGUUUUACUUGGACGAGCAACAGAAAGUGUUCAUGUAGAUAUUGACUUGGGUAAAGGAGGGUGUGCCCAUGCAAUAUCUAGACGUCAGGCAAUUAUAAAGAUGGAUAUCGAUGGAUCGUUCUACAUUAAAAAUAUUGGCAAGAGUAUAAUGCUGGUAAAUCACAAAGAAUUGCACACUGGUCAAUCUCAAAGACUGCAUCCCAGUUAUCUGAUUGAGUUGAAGGGCACAGCAUUCAUAUUUGAGACAAAUCAAAGUCGUUUGAAGCAGUAGCAGCUGGAUCUUAGUACUGACAGUUUUCAGACCUUUUAGUGUGAUUGUAAAUGAUACAAAGAGGUCUAUUAACACAGAAGGUGCUUAUUUUUACGCGCUUUCUGAUUUUUGGUAAGGAGUGGCUCUGCUGUUGUAUGUCAUUGCUUUUAUUGACGUGUUUUCCCGGAAAUGGACGUGCGCAGCAGCUCUUCCCUUUUCUCCCUCAUGUUCCUCUGCCCGCUCGAGAGUAACACAUAAUUAUUUAACCCAAAAGUUUUGUAAUAUGGCAAAUUUAUCCUAACCUAGAAUCUGAAUGCUUGUUUUUAUCAUUAUCUUGAAUGCAAAAAAAUAAUAAUGAAAAAUUGACCUAUUAAUUUGGGUUUUCAAUGGUUUUGGAUCA